UGUAAAAUCAUGGUUUUGGGAAUUAAUGUUGACUGUGACAGCUAAGUUGGUCAAUUUUGAUGAUAAUUGAUGAGAUCUAUGCUUAACCUGGUAUAGUCUAGGCUCAGCAUCAGGAACUCGAUAUUCCUAAGACAGAACGUGGACAAAUUGAGGCUGCUGAGCAUCCAAAAACUUUGUCCAGACUCAAAUUUACCCAUUUCAAAAACAAUUGACAGUUAAAAGAAAACAUUUGACCAAAAUUUUCCAUUUUAUUUGACGAAAUAGUGAUUAAAAAUCAAGAUUUAAGGAUGUUUGACAAAAGUUGAUGCUGCCAUAACCUCCAAAUCCACCCCAAACUCUACCAUUCAUAAUGAUCCUUCAUAAAAGCAAUCAACAUGAUCAAUGCAAAAAUGAAAAUAACCAAAAAACUGCAUCCAAAGAUGAAUCCACAAAGGUAACUGAUGAAUCUGCAGCAAUGUUUAGGCUUCAAGACGAUGCAAGUGAUGACAGCGACGAUCGACAAUGCAAAAACAGUUGCAACAGCCCAAACUAUUUCAUGAGACAGCUCAGUUGCUUCAAAGAGUUUGUUGUGGAUUUCCUGUGGAAUUUCGAACGGUGUUGCUUGAACUUUUGAGGUUAGGAUGAUGAUGAAUCCAAGGAAUGUUGAGCUUCUCUCAAUGCUCUUGUGAGUUGGAAUUCCCCAUAAAAUAUUUAAAUCUAUUUUUCAAUCUGUUUUCAACUUUUGAACCACAAAGUCUGAUUUUAAGGAAUGAUGAAAUAUUUAUUCAUUGCCGUAUUCCUGUGCUUAUCAUUCAGCAAUCAAUCAGCAUCAACUAACAUUGACUGUAAAUAUGAAUAUUGGGAUUUCAACUAUUUAAGUCGGAUAUACCAUUGUGAUGUCAGCAACGAUCCAAACAUCACGGAUCAGGAAUCUACAAAAAUAAAAUCUGUCGAUGGAUCACACGAAGACCCAAACGACGACGAUGAUGUGCACGGACUUUAUAUUAAUCACAGAACCAUCAAAUAUUUCCCGCGAGGUUUAGAAUUAUUUUUUGAGAACAUUAAAGUAAUUUACAUCGCAUCCUGUUAUUUGCAAGAAAUUCAUCAAGCAGAUCUGAAGCCAUUCAGUGAAUUGAUCUAUCUGAGCCUGAGCCACAACGAAAUUGAAAUCAUUGAGGAAGGAUUGUUCGAUUUUAAUUUAAAAUUGCAGACAAUUCAAAUUCAGGAGAGCAAUAUCAUUCAUAUCCACCCAGAUGUCUUUGAUGAGUUGUCAGGACUUGUCAAUUUCCUUUGUGCAAGCAUUCCUUGCAUUAAUCGUGAUGUUCGUGGCUCUAGAAAUGAAGUGGAAAAAUUCAUAGAAGAUAAGCUGGAUGAAUGUGUAAGUCCUGAACUAAAAGCAUUGGCUGAAAAGUUUGAAAAUCUUGUAAAUGAUUCGGGUGGUGACAAUUCUGAGGAUUUUAAGAAUAAACUAGAAAGUUUCGAAAACUCGUUCAACAGUUCAAAGUUCUUUAAGUUUCGACCAUUAAACUACAAAGUUGCAGAACUUAAAUCUGAAUUUUACUCAAUUUAUCAAGCAACAUCAACAGCUGCCACUCAAAAAACAAGCCCUGCACCACAAGUAACAAUAGACUUCACAGAUAAAUUCGAAGACCUAAAGACAUCUCAAUGUGGCAUGUCCAGCUUCCUAUUUGACCUCAAAACAUCACAAAAUAAUUUCAAAAAUUCAAUAACUGAGCUUAAAAGUUCACAAAAUGACCAAAAAGCUGCUUUAAGUGGAAUUGCAGCAUUAAUAUCAAACCAAUGCUCCAGAGUUGAUCAGCAUCCAGCAGUGAACCUCACUGAACUAACCACAACAAUCAACAACCUUAGUUCCUCUCAAAAUACAACAGCAAGCACCUUAAAUGACAUCAAAUCCACUCAAGAAACCCUCAAAUCCUCACAAAACAUCCUCAAAACCUCCCAAGAAGCAAUAAAGUCAUCACAAGACAACCUGCACAGUUCGAUGAGUGACAUGGAGGUCAUCCUUAGUGACAUCAAGAAGUCACAGAAUGAGUUUAAAGAUAAUUUGAUGAAAAUUAAGAAUUCACAGAACGAAAUGAGAAUUUCACUGAACAGCAUCAAUCCAAGCAAGAAUGAAAACUUUGAGGAAAAGCUGGGAAAGUUUGAGAAAAAACUGGAAGGUCUUGAAGGCCAUUUUGUGGAUUUUAAGACUGAAAAUGCAGGAAAAUUUGAGAAAAUUGAAAAAGAACUGCUAAACACGAGACACAAGAUUACAUUGAGGCUUGAUGAGAAGGUUAAAGGAAUUGAAAAUCGAAUAAUUAAAAGGUUUGAGGAGGUUUUGGAUGAAAAGUUGGAGAAGUUGCUUAAGAAUUGAUUUUUAAUCCUCAAGAACUCAUUUACAGCUUCUACUAAAUUCAACUCUAAACCCACAGAAUGGUUCUCUUUACUGCCUGUGCCCCAACCUUAUCUAAUUGUACUUGAAUAAACCACAGGAAAUUUAAAUAAAAAUUUUUAUUUUUUUUCACAACUUUGAA